CAUCUAUUUUUCUUCUCAAUCGCCGAUUCGGACAAGCGAAAUUUAUCCGCAUGUCUUGAUGCCGAUAAUAGUUGAAAUUUAUUCCGUAUUUUUGUGAAUUCGAAGCCAGUUUGGAUUUCUUAAGCAGCUUAACAUGGCAACGUUUGAUUUGACCGCAAAAAAUUGCCAGUACCUGGACCGGCACUUGACUUUUCCUUUGCUAGAGUUCCUUCUGCAAAAAAAGAUUUACGACCAAACAUCGCUACUGAAGUUUAUCUUGGAAACGGUUAGCAAAACAAACAUGGUCGAUUAUACGAUGGACAUUCGGGAGCGCCUAAACUUGGGUACGGAGCUGCCAGAAGAAUUAACCAAACGUCGGGCCAAUGUGUUGGUCAAACUAAAGGAACUGCAGGCGGAGGUUGCACCGCUUAUGAAAUGCAUGGAGGAAUUGAAAAAUCCGGAUACGAUGAAGGAUUCCAAGUCCAUCGUACAUGCUUUACAGCAAGAGUUUGAUUAUAAAUACGAUGUCAUCAAAAGCGCACAAAAAUUGGCUAAGUAUCUGUACGAGUGCGGCAACUAUCGCGAUUCGAUUUCUUAUUUGUACAUUUGUUUGCUGGUUAUGGAACCUACGGAUAAGAAUUAUCUGAACGUUUUGUGGGGAAAGCUAGCUGCAGAGAUUCUCACUUUGAACUGGGCAACAGCCCUCGAGGAUUUGACGCGUUUACGCGAUUUUAUCGACAACCACAAUUUUUCGCCGAUUGAAGUCCUCCAGCAGCGCACCUGGUUGAUCCACUGGAGUGUACUCGUAUUCUUCAACCACGCCAAGGGACGCGAUCUCAUUAUUGAGAUGUUUUUGUACAAGCAGCUGUAUUUGAAUGCGAUUCAAACAAUGUGUCCCCACAUUUUGCGUUAUUUAGCUACUGCGGUCAUUAUCAACCGAGGAAGAAGAAAUGCCCUCAAGGAUUUGAUUAAGAUUAUUCAGCAGGAGUCAUAUACUUAUCGCGAUCCUAUCACCGAAUUUUUGGAGCAUCUGUAUGUAAACUUUGACUUUGAAGGCGCUCGUAUGAAACUGCACGAAUGUCAAACGGUGAUUGUUAAUGAUUUCUUUAUUAUCGGCUGCCUGCAGGAAUUUGUCGAAAACGCUCGACUGAUGAUCUUUGAAACAUUCUGUCGUAUUCAUCAGUGUAUUACGAUUGGAAUGUUGGCCGAUAAGCUGAAUAUGGAACCGGCCGAGGCCGAAUGUUGGAUCGUCAACCUAAUCCGUAACGCAAGGCUAGAUGCCAAAAUCGAUUCUAAGCUCGGUCACGUUGUAAUGGGAACGCAGCCUCUCUCUCCGUAUCAACAGUUGGUAGAAAAAAUUGACUCACUUUCAGUUCGUUCCGAAGCGCUAACCGUGUUGGUAGAGCGCAAGCAAAAAGCUAAAACACAAGAAUCCGGAGAAGGAAAUUGGAAAUAUUAUUGAGCCAGCGCGCUUCGGAAGAACAUUUUAUCGGUUGAAAGUGAAAAUUAUCAAAUCAGCUAAAGUAGGAGUGAGAAAAGAGCAUUCAGACACGUUCCAGAGAGAAAAAAAAGGUUUUCUGAUAAGUUAUAAGAUGUAUUGUACAAUACAAAGAAAUUUGGAUAGCUUAAUAAAGAACACACACACAGAAAA